AUGACGCAGUGGUGGGCGCCGCUCGCCCUUGUCUACCUGUCCGUCUACCUGGCAGCCACUCAGCACCACAGGAGAGCUCUGUUUCCGGCCGCGUACAGAAUAAAGCGCGAGGCGUACUCGCUGAUCAACCCCACGUUCCAGCACUCGGUGGAGGACGUCAACCUGCUCUUUGAGAUCCUGCUCGCUGGAAUGCAGAUAGAAGGCGAAGACAACGCCAUGCUGAUCCCAGAUGGGGAGCUGGCGUCCCUGAGAAGCGUGGAGAAGCUGGACGUCAUCUGCGAGGACGUCCUGCCCAAGAGGCUGUCCGACAUCCGGCGUCUGACGGCAGAGCUCGCCGGGCGCCGGCGGCGUCUGAGCUGGCAGGAGUUCGAGAGGACGGUGCUGACCCUGGUGUUCGCCGCCCAGACGCUGGCUGGAUCCAGCAGCCCGCAGCAGAGGGAGGCCUGGACGGAGGCGCUGCUCCAGCUGUUCAGAGCUGUUCAGAGAGACCUCACCCCCGCCCGAGGAGCAACCUGAAGACGGACAAGUCAUUAUCAGUCUGAUGUGUGUAAUUAUCUGAAGCUUAUUUUAACCCGAGGCAGUUUCAUGUAUAGUCUGCAUACUAACUGUAGACAUUAUGUUCUGUUACACAACUAUUCUUAAUUCUACUAACUUAAAACCACAAGUUUUGCAAAAGCAGUAAGAGAUU